AUGGCCACCUUGCUUGCCCUUGCAUGUCUGGCUCUUGCCACCAACGUUUACGCUGCUUUCCCUGACUGUGUCAAUGGGCCAUUGGCGAAUAACACGGUCUGCGAUACCUCUGCGACACCACUUGCGCGUGCAACAGCAUUGAUCAGCCUGUUCACUCUAGAAGAAAAGAUCAACAACACUGGUAAUGCAGCUCCUGGUGUCCCCCGUCUUGGGCUUCCUGCAUACCAAUGGUGGCAAGAAGCCUUGCACGGCGUGGCUAGCUCUCCCGGUGUCAACUUCUCUGAAUCCGGAGAGUUCAGCUAUGCGACGUCCUUCCCUCAGCCGAUCCUCAUGGGCGCUGCAUUUGACGAUGCUUUGAUCAAUGCGGUCGCCACGGUGGUUAGCACCGAAGGGCGUGCUUUCAACAACUACAAUCGGUCUGGACUUGACUUCUGGACACCGAACAUCAAUCCAUUCAAGGACCCUCGCUGGGGACGAGGUCAGGAGACCCCAGGAGAGGAUCCUUUCCACCUGCAAUCGUACGUGUACAACCUCAUCACCGGCCUGCAAGGUGGGCUGGAUCCCGCGUACAAACGUGUGGUCGCGACAUGCAAGCACUACGCCGCAUAUGACCUCGAGGACUGGAUGGGCAACGUGCGCUACGGUUUCGACGCGCUCGUCUCACUGCAGGACCUCUCCGAGUUCUACACACGGUCGUUCCAGACCUGUGCACGUGACGCCAACGUCGGCGCGUUCAUGUGCUCGUACAACGCGGUGAACGGCGUCCCGUCCUGCGCGAAUUCAUACCUCCUUCAGGAUAUCCUCCGCGAGCACUGGAACUGGGCGAGUGCGGACCACUGGGUCACCUCCGAUUGCGAUGCUGUCCAGAACAUCUAUGAGCCGCACUACUACGCGCCCACGCGCGCGCAGACCGUCGCGGACGCACUGAACGCGGGCACAGACCUCGACUGCGGGAUGUAUUACCCCGAGUUCCUCGGCGCGGCGUACAACGAGAGCCUGAUCAGUGUGGCGACGCUCGACACAGCGCUCAUUCGCCAGUACGCAUCUCUCGUGAAACUUGGGUACUUCGACCCGGCCGAGAACCAGCCUUACCGUCAACUCGGAUGGGCCAACGUCAGCACCCCGGAGGCUGAGCAGCUGGCGUAUAUCGCCGCGGUGGAGGGCAUUACGCUCCUGAAGAACGAUGGCACGCUCCCGCUCUCGAAGGAGAUCAAGACCAUCGCACUCAUCGGCCCGUGGGCGAACGCGACGACGCAGAUGCAAGGCAACUAUUACGGCGUCGCACCGUACCUCAUCAGCCCACUCAUGGCGGCUGAGGCAUUAAACUACACGGUGCUCUAUUCCGCAGGCCCUGGUAUCGAUGACCCCACCACGCCGUCGUAUCCCGAAGCCUUCGAGGUGGCGUCCCAGGCAGACGCGAUCAUCUACGCGGGCGGCAUCGACACGACGAUCGAGGCGGAAGCCACGGACCGCUACACGCUCGACUGGCCGGGCGUGCAGCCCGACUUCAUCGACCUCCUCUCGCAGCUCGGAAAGCCGCUCAUCGUGCUCCAGAUGGGUGGCGGACAGAUCGACGACUCGUGCUUCGUCCCGAAUCCGAACGUGAACGCCAUCAUCUGGGGCGGCUACCCCGGACAAUCCGGUGGCGCUGCGCUCAUGGAUAUCAUCGUCGGGAACGCUGCGCCCGCAGGGCGCCUGCCCAUCACACAAUACCCCCUUGAGUACGUGAACCAGGUCCCAAUGACAGACAUGUCGCUCCGCCCGAGCGCGACGAACCCUGGCCGCACGUACAUGUGGUACACCGGAACGCCCGUGUUCGAAUUCGGAUACGGGCUGCAUUACACAGACUUCACCGCGGUCCUCAGCGCUCCCGCAGCGCCGAGCUACGACAUCCAGAGCCUCGUCGGUGGAUGCUCGGAUGUGGCGUACCUUGACCUGUGCCCCUUCGAGUCGUACGCGGUCAACGUGACGAACACCGGGAGUACAUACGCAUCUGACUACGUCUCGCUGCUGUUCUUGGCAGGUGCGCAUGGUCCCGCGCCGUACCCGAACAAGGUGCUCGUUGCCUACGAUCGCCUGCGCAGCGUUCAGCCGCUUUCCAGUCAGACGACGACGCUGAACCUGACCCUUGGAUCGCUCGCGCGCCGAGACGAGUACGGGAACACGAUCCUAUACCCGGGGGAGUACACGCUACUCCUCGAUGUUGAACCGCAGAGCACACAGAGCUUCACCCUUACGGGCGAGCCUGCGAUUCUGGACUAUUGGCCCCAGCCUUGA